CAAGCCUUUGCCGGGUAGCGCGUUGGUGCCGUGACAACAACUCAAUGCCAAACGUCCAAGUUUCAUCACGGGCCUCUGCAUAUUGAUAUUUUAAUUGAUAUUAUGCGUGCGAUAAAUUUUAACAUUAUUUUUAGUAUUGUGUGAGCAUAGGCUCAAGGCUGCUAGGGCGUAUUGGGAACGUGACAGGAUAUAAUCAGGACUUUGCAACAAUGGCCGACUUUGACAUUGAUGCCAGCUUUAUUCCGUCUCUCCACAAACCGGCUGCCUUAUUGCCAGUGGCCAAACACAAGGAGAGCCUUCUAUAUACAGUGGAGACAUUUCCUAUAACAAUUAUUAUCGGCCAGACUGGCUCUGGAAAGACGACCCAGAUUCCUCAGUUCCUUGAACAAGCAGGAUUUUGCCACGAUGGAAAGAUAAUUGGGGUAACACAGCCCCGCCGUGUGGCAGCGACUACAGUGGCGCUCCGCGUAGCAGAAGAGAUGGGCGUAGAGAUAGGCACACAAGUCGGCUACUCAAUUCGAUUUGAAGAUGUCACUUCUGCGUCUACUAAGAUCAAGUUUCUUACCGACGGACUACUAAUUCGAGAAGCCCUCGUUGAUCCACUAUUGAGUCGGUAUUCUGUCAUCAUGGUUGAUGAGGCCCAUGAACGGUCCAUUAGCACAGAUAUAUUGCUUGGCUUGCUAAAGAAGAUCAAAAAGAAGAGACCCGACUUGCGAAUAAUUAUCAGUAGUGCAACACUACAAGCCGAGUCGUUUUUGUCAUUCUUUUCCAAUGGUGAAGAUGACCAAAAGGACGACCAGGCCGACAAUGCGGGUGCACCGGGCAAGAUUGUGAGCAUCGAAGGACGCACCUAUCCCAUCGAUGUUAUGCACUUGGACACACCAGCAGAAAACUAUGUCGACAAAGCUAUGGACACUGUUUUUGAAAUCCACAGCCAAGAAGAUACUGGUGACAUACUAGUCUUUCUUACGGGCCGCGAGGAGAUUGACUACGCCAUCCAAGCGGUAGCCGAACGAGCUGGCCAGAUGGAUAAUACGCAGGCACCGCUUCAGCCUAUGCCCCUUUAUGCCGGACUGACUUCAGAGCAACAGAUGUAUGUCUUUGACAGGCCUUCAGAGGGUACUCGAAAAGUAGUCUUCUCAACGAACAUUGCAGAGGCAUCUGUCACCAUCGAAGGUAUUGUCUACGUGAUAGACAGUGGCUAUGUUAAGCUGCGAGCAUAUGAUCCCAAAACUGGCAUCGAGUCACUUGUGACAACCCCGAUAUCGAAAGCAUCUGCAUCACAGAGGGCAGGUCGAGCUGGCCGAACAAAGCCCGGAAAAUGCUAUAGGUUAUACACUGAGCAAGCCUAUGCGUCCCUGGCAGAGGCAAACCCGCCGGAAAUACAACGGUCGAAUCUAGCACCGACUAUAUUGCAACUGAAGGCCCUUGGAAUUGAUAAUAUUGUCAGAUUUGCCUUUUUCUCACCUCCUCCCGCCGAGCUAGUAGGCAAAGGCCUGGAGCUGUUAUAUUCGCUGGGAGCCCUCGACGAGUAUGCCAAACUCACAACGCCGCUUGGCACAAGAAUGGCCGAGAUUGCAGUUGAACCGAUGAUGGCCAAAACACUACUAUCGGCUACGGCAUUUGGCUGUGUUAGCGAAAUCUUGACUAUUGCUGCCAUGACAAGUCUUGGAAGCAGCGUAUGGUUCUACCAUGAGGGAGAGCGAGGCCAAAUGGAAAGUGCAAGACGGAAAUUUGCGGCCGAAGAGGGCGAUCAUCUCACACUUCUCAACACAUAUCAGGCAUUUAUCGCAAAAGGUAAAAAAGAAGCCAAGUUUUGCCACGAAAAUCACUUGAAUUAUAAGUCUAUGGUAAGGGCUGUUAGUGUCCGUAGCCAGCUUAAGCGAUACCUUGAUCGAUUUGGCAUUAUUGUCGAUGAAACGCUCUCAAGCAAGGCGGCUCAAAAUGACACGGCUGGCACAGUGUCCAAAGCAGAGCAGAUUAGGAGGUGCCUGACAGGAGGCUACUUUGCACAUGCAGCUAGGAUGCAGGCGGACGGCACGUUUCGAAAUGUGCAAGGUGGCAGUAUCUUGCAUGCACAUCCCAGCUCGGUCAUGUUUAACAGGAAAUCAGACUGGGUGAUUUUCCAUGAAAUUAUGCAGACAGGCGAUAAGACAUAUAUCCGGGAUAUUACAAAGAUCGAAAAAGGCUGGCUAUUGGAAUAUGCGCCUGAAUUCUACAAGCUAUCAAAUCGAUGACAACCACGAUAGCACAUGAAUAGAAACUAUACAAAUAAUAAAACAUGCAUGUUCAUUUCGGUAUGUCUGCCAAGCACACUAAUAUCGGCCUUGCAGAACUUUGUAGAAGCCAACCUGUGGCCCCCCCAAAAGCAAGCAAAACGGUUUAUGCGGUAUUGGCCAACGCAGCCGCACACCACACACAUAUCGGAUGUUGUGCAUGGGAGCCAGUGGUCCAUGUGCGGCAGCUGCAUGAUGCUGACGAAAUAAGACGCCACGUCCAAAGUAAUAGGUAAUAGUGCUUUAUAGGGAACAGCCAAAGAAAGGUACCCGGAGCUGUUGCUACUCUUGGAAAGCCACCACCAAUUAUUCGGUCCUGCUACACCUACUGCAACGAACGACACAGACACGGGCUCAGCCUACGUCUGUUACGGCACUGGGUUUAGGAACGACAUCGCCAAAAGCGGCAAGGGUGGCAACAGCGCUAUUCCUACGCGUAUUCACCGUCAACGGAGGGAGCAUAGGUGAGCGAGCGGGUUACAAAGUGUACAGAGCAUAGCGCGCGAUGGAAUGUUUUGUUUUGUGAGUCUAGUGGGCUAGACUGGGCGAAGCGCCGAUUGGGAAUGAGACAUCUGGGGCGAUGCGACACGGGCGCGAGCAACUACGAC